UCCAGCUGAGGAGUCAUAAAUAAAGUGACAGACCACUUCACAGACACAGAAUAUCCGGAUCUACGUUGUUUUUCGACAUCUAGUUGUGUUUAACGCGAUCUGUUGACAAAAUGAGUCUCAUGGCAAGCAUGGCGAAGUAUGAGGGGCUAGAGAGUAACAAAGCCCAGCAAAGAAUAACCCAGAGAAUAAAGAAAGACGAGAUGUAUGCCAGUCGUCAGAACACCGUCAGACAUGAAAAGGAGACAAACCUUGUAUCAGAGUGGUCCGAGGGUCUAGAGGAGGCCAGCGAGAAGAGAAGAUACAAGGACGACCUUCUUAAGAUGAAGGAAGAGGUUCGGCUGGCCAACAGGGCCAUGGUGGCAGUUCGGAGAGCAGCGUUGAAGAAGCUGAUUGAGGAGGAGCACAGGGUGCAUGAACAGGAGCUACACGCCAUGGGGAAGGCUUUCUACAUCAAGAGAACAUGAACAGAGGAGGGGCUGAUGUUAGGAUGUCAUAGGCGGUUAAGAGGGGGGAAUGUCACAACAGAAUUGCUCUUGAGGGAUGGAGAUAGCAAUUUUACUGUUAAUCUUGGAAUAUUAUCGGUUUUAUUUUCAGUUGUUAUUUUCAGUGUUAAUUCUUGACACCAUUCAUAUGUUUUUAAUGUAUUAUUACUGUACUAUAGAAUUGUUACCCUUCAAUAUUUGCAGAAUUCUGUAACCCCUGAAAAGCCUGGUGGAGCCUUAGAAAAUGCCAAUUGUAUAAUGUUCUGGAAUUGCGUACUCUAAGCUUGUAUCAUUGCUUCUCAUGCUCCAAAUAUGGGCUAGCAACUUACAUAGAGAUGCAGGUUCUGUGUAGAAACAGUCUUUAGCAUUUUGUCUACUGUAAUAUAUCCUAUUUAGUUCGAAAGAAUCUUAAAAAUACCUUCAAAACGUGUCUGGUUGUAACUGUUUUUCUUUUCAAGUAUAUCAAUGUUGCAACAAGAAAAAAAAUUACUUGUAAUUUAUAGAUGUCAGGAAUUCAUGUUCUAUAAGACUUCUGUACAAAUUGAGACAAUUAUUAAAAAUGCAACAGUUAAGACUGUGUGUUGAGCAACAUCGUUCUUUAUUACAAAUGCUGAAAUCCUUACAGUAAUAUGCAUGAUCUGAAGUCAAAUUAGUAAAAAAAUAAAAGUAUCUUUCACAGCUAUGCCACUAGCCCUCAAGUACAGUACAGUACAUACAUGCUAUACUCUUUCUAAGACACACCACCAAUUUGGUCCCAUUCAAACAAUACAAUCACUACUUCCACAGUGUAAACAAGUCCAAGGCUUGGACAUGAUAUCAAUUCAUUCUUGCCCUGGACUAUUGGUCAGUGUAGUGCAGGCCAUACUUGGUGCACUUAGGCUAACUUCUACCAUUGGAAUGGAAUGAAGUAUGUACAAUGAAUGGUGCACAGUUGACGGGGACAAGACUUUUCACAUCAUGAUGUGUCAAACUACAAAGUACACAAUAUGUAUUACAUGUACCAUCCUCCAAUGCCAGACCCGACACUUGUAUAUGUCAGGCAACUACCCUGGCAUACUGGCUUGAGAUCCAUCCUUCUUGCAGCCAUAGUGCCAGCCAACUGUCAGCCAAUCACGUUGCUGCCUUUGGUCAAGAGGCAACAUGAUUGGCUGCUGCCUUUCCCUCCAACAACAGGAGGAGGACUACCUGAUUGGCUGACGGCUGGCCAAUGCUAAUGCAGCAAGAAAGGACAGUUUGCAGGCUCCAAUGCCAGGGCCUUUGCUUGAUACAUGCAAUCUGUGGGCCUGGCAUGACAGGAUAACUACAUACAUGUCCUCGGCAGUGUCGAUAGCUGGAACGGAAUACAUGUACUUCUUACUGAGGCACAACCGCAAGAUCAGGAAAUUACAGUGUACCAUGCUCACUGUAGUACUGUCAUAUACAACCCACUUAACAGUCAAAGGCAGCAAUUCAUGGAAAAUACAGUCAAAGACAGCCAUAGAAAAUACAGGCACACAUGCAUGGCAGAUCAUUAUACAUGUACAUGUACAUUCCUCACACUAUUGCUUACGGAGAAAUUACGAGUCUCAUAUAACUGUUUAAAAUGGCAGAUAAAAACAGCUGUCCUUACAUAAUUAAAGGCAUCUCAUGUAACUGCAGACUUGUCCUAAAACACAACAAAGAGCCUUUGCGAUAUAAUAAAGCUUUAUCUAAAGUAGUAAAAGCAACUUGUGCAAUGGAUGAGAAAUUGUGUACUGCAUGAAACAUUCUUUUCUGAAGCUUAGUCUAUAUGGAAGAGUUCUUUCUUAUGAACAAUAAGCUUUGCUCCUGAAAUGUUUUAAUAGUACCUAAGGAAACACCUGUGGUAGGAAGUCUUGCUUACAAUGUUUAUAUAUCAUUAUCCAGAGUUAUGCAGUCACAGUGUUACCAUGGUGCCAUCUAGAGGACAUGUUAAGAACUGCAGGUGUUAGACAUAAAAGACCCUCUGACAAUUUUCAAAUACUAAAUACCAGUGUUAAAAUAGCUCCUUCUUUUCUGACUAUAAUGUUAUGCAUAAUCUAUUCUUAUUGGUAGCUAUCCAUGUCUUCUACAUCUGAAUAUAAUGAUAAACUGUAUAAAACCAUGUUGCAUAAUGCUAUAUUCUUUCUAACAAACGUUGGUCAAGUUAAGUACACAGGCAUGUAUAAGUCAAAAGGAUCUAUACAGUCAUUCUUGUACAGUCAAAUGAUUAUUUGGUGAGUCCAUAUUAUGUGUUGGAACAAAAUAAAAUUCUUUUGCUAAAAUUCUAAUACUACGUUCCAGCACAAAACAAUUCAAACAAUUUCAAUCGAACAAUUUUAUACUGAUGUCAUUACUAAUGUAUGGUGUACGUGCUCUGGCCAUGUCUCUGGUUUUUACAUGUCAUAUCAAUGUGGAUUUGCCAGGCAUGGAUUUAAAAAUUUUUUUAUCACAUGAUCACGUUUAUAUCUACAAACGUGUUCAAUGAAACUUGCCAUCACCAGCAGUUCAAAUCAUUCUUGUUUACAUACUAACCCUACAUCAUAAAUUGUUAAUUUCUUAAUGAAUGACACCCUCCACAACCCCAAAAUCCUUGAUAUGUAUGAGUUAAAAGAAAAUGGUGUACUGUGAUGACUGUAGUUGAAUUGGUUUAGCCUAAAAACUACCUGGCAGCUAUCUUCAUCAAUGGGACAUCGUCAACCAUCAAAAAGUCUAUCUACAUGUUUAUCUGUAUAGCCGGUGUAAUUGCCAUUCCGCACGACACACCACUUCGAAGGCACGUGGCGCAGCGGCAGCCGACUAUACUACCUCAAAUGACCGGUUACACCUAGACUUUGCACAUCUUACUGUCAAUGUUGUUUACAUCUAGUGAGGAUGCCCCUACUGUGUAAGUUCCACUCUAUGAGUCCAUGAACAGUGUAGGCUAUGAUAUGCAAAAUUUAACAGCUGUA